AUGGUGCUGCCUGUCUUGUCGUUGUGCACAAGCAACGUCAAGGACUCACGGAUUGCUCUCCAUCAAUUUUUGAGAAGUGUCUCAUUUAACAACAGUGCUGGGAACAGGAUUUCUUUUGACCAUAAUUUGGAAUUAUUAGCAGAAUUUGAUGUUAUCAAUUGGAUAGUUUCCUCAAAUCAAACCUUUCACAGAGUGAAAAUUGGGACUGUGGAUCCUGACAGACCUUCAGACCGAGUCCUGACCAUAAAUGAAGAUGCCAUCACAUGGCACAAGUGGUUUAAUCAGGCACAGCCUCUUUCUGUCUGUACAGAGAGUUGCCAUCCUGGUUUUAGGAAGAAAGGGAGGGAGUCGGAGUCAUCUUGCUGCUAUGAUUGCAUCCCUUGCCCAGAAGGAGAGAUUUCCAACCAGGAGGACAUGAAUGACUGCAUUAAAUGUGCUGAUGAAAAGUAUCCAAGCAAAAAUCAGGAUUUAUGUAUUCCUAAGUCUGUAACCUAUUUGUCAUAUGGGGGAGUGUUAGGACUUGGCUUAACCUGUUUUGCUCUAGCCUUUUCUUUCACCACUGCUCUGGUGCUAGCAAUAUUUAUAAAACACCAUGACACUCCCAUCGUCAAAGCCAACAACCAGAACCUCACCUACACUCUCCUAAUCUCUCUCCUGCUCUGCUUCCUUUGUGCACUGCUAUUCAUUGGGAAACCACAGAAGAUUAUGUGUCUCCUCCGACAAACUGCUUUUAGCAUCAUCUUCUCCGUGGCUGUUUCUUGUGUGUUGGCCAAAACUACCACAGUGGUCCUGGCUUUCAUAGCCACCAAACCUGGAUCUAGGAUGAGAAAAUGGGUAGGGAAGAGGCUAGCCAACUCCAUUGUGCUUUUCUGCUCUAUUAUUCAAACUGGUAUCUGUGCUGUGUGGUUGGCAACCUCUCCGCCCUUCCCAGAAGUAGACAUGUACUCAGUGAGUAAAGAAGUUGUAUUGGAAUGUAAUGAAGGGUCUGUGGCUAUGUUUUACAGUGUCCUGGGCUACAUGGGCUUCCUGGCAAUUGCCAGCUUCACUGUGGCCUUUUUGGCCAGGAAGUUACCUGACAGUUUCAAUGAAGCCAAGUUCAUCACUUUCAGCAUGUUGGUGUUUUGCAGUGUUUGGUUAUCCUUUAUUCCAGCUUAUAUGAGCUCUAAGGGCAAAUACAUGGUUGCUGUGGAGAUCUUCGCUAUCUUAGCCUCCAGUGGUGGUCUUCUGGGUUGCAUCUAUCUUCCAAAAUGUUAUCUUAUUGUGUUGAGGCCUGAGCUGAACAACAGGGAACAUUUAAUAAGGAGAAAAUUGUGAAGAUUCUGAUGGAGGGGAAAGUGGUGUCCAUUGAGCUUUCAGCAGCUUUUCUUGAAAUUCAGAAGCCCUUAUAUAGAGUUUGGAAUCCUGUGCUCACCAUAGAUGGACAAAUCUUUCAUUUCCAGUUGUUUAACCUUCCCGUUUUUUGAAGGACAGCCAUUCAUAUGUAUAUGUUCCAUGUGAUUCUUUCCAAAUGCAAUAUUUCUUCUCAAUCUCUGUGAUUCUGUUCACUCAUUAGUUAUAUUUUUGAAAUAAAAACUU